ACGUCAGGUCCAGCUCAGCCAUACAAGCUCAGCGCGAAAUUUCAAAAUAGGAGUUUCCUGUUUACAUUAGCCCAUGGACACACCGUUUAUGCAUUAACCGGAUAGUUUUUAGGUCAGACUAAAGUAUAAGGCAAGGUAACGCUAGGCUUAUGAAUCAAGUAUGUUAACUUGCGCACUUUUUGGUGUAUAGUGACGCAAUCAAACAGCACCCGCGUUGUUGUUUGUAACGUCAACCAACGUUAAAGUCGUUGGCGAGGUGUCCCUCACCGAGAAAUGUUAGUAGCUAGUCGUGUAUAUUAAACCAGCUGUAUUAAGAUAAGUCUACUCAUUCACAUACCACUAGUUUGUCUGCGCAGCGUUAAGUUUAAACCUAAACGCGUGGAACGUUGUGACAUUGCUGCUAAUACUGCCAGGAAGAAGUUAGCCAAUAAGCUAACAUGAGAUCAGUUGAUGACUCCAGCGACAUAACGUUAAUGGCUAUCUGACAGGUUAUAACAGUUAACUAGCUAGUUGACGUAAGGUUACCUGUCCAUAAUGGAGGAUAACUCGUCCUGUUCUUCGGUGGUCACUGGUCUUUCUCAAGCGUCUUUCCUCCAGAGGACGUUGGAGCGGUUAUCCUCCAUACAGCGUCUGAAAGUAAACACUGAGGAGGAGGAGGCGGCAGCGGCUCCUGUUGCUGUAAUUGCACUUCAGCGGUACUUAUCUGAGCAAACCGAGGGGCAGCAGCUCGACAGCUACAGCUACGACGUUACCGUCACUGACGGAGUCUGGCGAGCCAAAUGCUUUGUUCACCCUAGUUUAAAUCACCUGGUGCACACAAACACCCUGAGGACUGGGAAUGACAUCAACAUCACGCAGUGCUCUUUUGUUUACAACGAGAGGAGACUGGGACACGGUUACAUUUGCAUCGAAAAGCUCCGGUGUGGUGUACGGAGGUCUGCUCUCCUGCCCCGUAUAAAGGAUAUCAGUUCACUGCCCAUGCUGGUCAAGCAUGGCAUGGAGAGGAGUGUGGUGCUUCAAAGCGAUGUUCCCCUUCAGGUGAGCCGCAAACAUUACCUGUCUCUGUGGAACAACGAAGACCCAGAGGGAGACAUCUGGAACUCGGGGUCUCCCUCGUCUGACACAGUGCUGGACGUGUCCAAGAUUACUCUUCUUUGUAGUCUGGAGUCAUGCUUUAGAAAGACAUGGACACCUCUCCCUCUCCUAGUGAGGAUACUACACAAAUCCAGAUUACGGUAUUAUGGGAAGUUUGGGCUUAAGAUUGAUUACCCCUACCAGGCAUACUUUGAAGUUGCUGACCAGAGUGGGACAAUGUCCCUUGUGCUUUGGAACGAACUUUGUCCAGAGUUUUACCAGAGACUGAACGUAGGCACCGUGUUGUACAUCCAAAAUUACACCUUGAAGCAGAGUUAUUCAAACCGCUCACACCCGCAAAUGGACCAUCACAGAAUGAAGACCUUUAACUCUGUAGAAAUCUGCCUGAACCCUCGCAACCCUACUUCAGUAGUCACUGUGGUUUCACCAAAGAGUGUACUGCCUCAGUGGGGAUUGCCUGAGGUUUCCUACCAGUUCACCACCAGCUCAGAGUUGGAAAAUGUAUCCAACAACUCUGCAUGUGAUGUCAUUGGUUUGGUGACAUUUGUUGGUCGUAUUGAAAGAGUCAAGAGUAAAGGGAACACGGGUCCAGAAAAAUACUGGACGUAUCGCUGGAUCCACGCGGUGGAUGGAACAUCUGACCGUCCUUUUAUCCUGGAGGUUUUUUCCUCUUCCCAACCAGAAGUCUUCAGUCGUAUAUGCCCAAUGACCUACCUGGUGUGCACUCAGAUGAGAGUUUGUCAAGUGGAAGGCUCGUUGCCCUACCUCACAAGCAGCUGCGAGACAGAGACGUUCAUCACAGGCUACCACAAAGGUCAGCCAUAUGUGAGUGACCCCAGAGUGAAGAGCUUCAUCCAGUGGACCAAAACUCUGAAGGACAACGUUGUCCUCCAAAAGACAGCUGUUGGUGGCUAUUAUUGCUACCCUCCUCCCCCACAUAAAUUUACCCAGUCAAUGGCAGAUGCCUCAGCUCAGGCUCCUCUGGUUGCUGCGGCUGACUUGAAGAAGGAGUUUGAGACCCUGCAAUAUAGGGAACACAAAAAAGUUGCAAUUCAAGGACAGAUCACGGCAGUGCGGUACAUGAAAGGGCCAAAGACCACAGAUUCUCGAGGAACACAAGAGAAAGAGCUUCCAGAUGUUUCUGCUGAUGCGUGUAAACGAGCUGUACCAGACGCCCAUAAUCAUCCGUCAACAGCUGAGCAGACUUUGGCGGCCAGUUUAACAUCUGCUUCUGCUGAGAAAAUCUCAGCAAGCGGAAGGAAACGAAGAAUUCAAACGAGAAUAGCCACGGAGUCCUCCUUGAAUCUUGGUAGCGUGUCAGCAAAAAGGAGACAUAACAAUGCAGAGGAAGGACAAGAGCAGGAAGAAGAAGAGAGUGACUCUGGAUCUGAGGAGGCUCAGGAUGCAGAAUGCCGCAGAGAACUGCAAAAUCUAAAUCAAGACUCUGAUGUAAUAUCUUGGAAAAGCAGCAGUUGGCUACAGCAAGAAGUGUCUGAACAUCUGUGCCGAGGCGGUCUGUACCCGGACAGCGUGUCUCGGAGGUUCACUUUUGACGAAAAGAACGUCCUAUUGCAGCAGAGUAACCUUCAGCCAACGCGAUGGACGCCAGAGCAAAGCGUCGACACCAUCCCUCCUGUGGUUUGUCCAGGAUACUACCAAGUAACAAUAUUAGGCAUAAACAAGCAGAUAGCCGUUGACGCUGCAUAUUUGCCUGUCGUGAGCUCAGAUGAGCCCAGGGCUGUAGGCCUUCCUCAGGAUCCCCAUGGCAACACAAUGCUGUCCUGCCUUUCGUCAGGCUUCCUCUGUCCGCUCAGUGACGCCGCCAGCCACAGCGAAUCAACACUUCCCGAGCCAGAGGAGGUCUUGGUGACUGCCAGUGAGCUGGAGGACACACAUGUCGUGUGCGUCUUGGACCUUUGCCACCUGGGUGGAGACGAGAUGGAAGUCGUGAUCAGCAAGGUGUACAGAGUGACCGAGGUUUCUCUCAGCUAGGAGGAACUGAAGUGUUCAGCCCUAUUAUUACUAGCCUGGAUCAGGGCGGCCUCUAGCUCACCCAGUAAGAGCGUUUGCAGCGGCGCAGGGUUCGAAUCCAACCUGCUGCCCUUUGCUGCGUGUCAUCCCCCAUCUCUCUCCCCCUUUCAUAUCUAUCCACUUUCAAAUAAAGGGAAAAGCCCCCAAAAAAUUAUCUUAAAAAAAUAAAUAAAAUACUAGCCUGGCUUUCGGAUGUGAAAAUCAGCUUUUUGCAUUAAGAACACACAGUAUCAUACAUAAAUCAUUUUUGCUCAGAACAGUUUGUUCAGAAUAACAAUGCAUAAGUUUAAAAAUAUUUAUUUUCAAAUAUUUCACAAUAUCCAGGUUGAUUUAUAAAUAAUUCAAUAUAACAUAAUUAAUAUCAAGAUAUUUUAGAAUGUAAACUUUAAUUUGUUAAUUUCUUUUAAAACAAUAACGAUAUUUUUUAAAGCUUAUUUUGAUGGUAAAUACAGAAAGAGAACAAGCCAUACAAGUGACUGUGCAACACCAAAUUAAAACACAAACAAAAGCCUUACUUCCUCUAAUAAGACACUUCAUUAUGUUACAAAAUAACUUUAAUUUUAAAAUCAUGUAACAUACAUAUGUAAUCUAUUAGACAUAGAAAAUAAACAUAUAUAUAUAUAUAUAUAUAGUCUAAACUUCUUUUUUUACAUUCUAUUAUACAAUAUAUUCAAUAUUUGUUUCUGCACUGAAACUGCAGAAAUGGCUGUGCACCAGGUUUGUUUUGUUCAUGUACAUUUAAGGUGUCAGUCACUAUUUUACAAAUCAGAAAGUACAAGUUAAAUGUGAUUAAAAUUACAUGCCAUCAAAAACAAUGACGCUCAAUGAAAAACCCCAUGAAGAAGAAAAGCACUCUCAAAGUUGAAGAAGAAGAAAAAAAAAAAAGUACGGGGAGAAUACGAAGAAAAAACAGUACCAACAGAGCGGAUGGAUUAUUUAGAAUAACGUCUGUGAAGCAAUACACACCUAAAAAAUAAAUAAAAAUCAUCUUGCAUCCAAACGUGGCGCAGACUGGGUGAUUUGUCCAAAGCAAAAUAAUUUAGGGCUUUAAGCCAUAUCUGGAGCACAAUGCAUUAUCUAAAUAUCAACAUGAUUCAUUAAGAGUAGAGUUUAAUUAGCACAAUUUAGCUCGGCCACCUUUGCAAGGCAAAUAACAGUAUAACAGUUAUUUUGUAUUUGUAUAAAUCUACUCUGAAUGAUGAAAAACAACAUCAAGGGGAAAUUUCACUGGGAUUGACUGAAGGGUUAAAAAUGAGUUUUCAAAACUCUCAAAAAGUCUUUUAGAUUUCUUUCUGUAAUCAAAAUAAAAUUGAGGAAUAAAGGAAAGUAAAAACAUCAGGUCAUCUAUGGCUCCUCUGAGUUCCUGGCUGAGCUGACCUUGUAUGGGCUGUCACUUUACUGCUGCUGUACCACAUGUACAUGUAUAGACAUACAUAAAGGGAGGCUGACAUUUCCCUCAGCUGUCAGAAACACAGAUUUUGAUGAUAUACAAUUGCACUUAUAAAAGCUAAACUAAAACCUAGUGAACUGAAAAAAAAAAAAA